GUGUGCAGUCUGCUGCGGUAAACGUUAUUUGUGAGCUGGCUCGACGCAAUCCCAAAAACUACCUUUCCCUUGCUCCACUCUUUUUCAAGUUGAUGACAUCGUCAACCAAUAAUUGGGUUCUCAUUAAAAUUAUAAAACUGUUCGGUGCUCUUACUCCAUUAGAACCUAGGCUGGGAAAGAAACUGAUUGAGCCUCUGACCAACCUCAUCCAUAGCACCUCAGCCAUGUCUCUCUUGUAUGAAUGUGUGAACACAGUAAUAGCAGUUUUGAUCUCGCUGUCCUCGGGGAUGCCUAAUCACAGCGCCAGCAUCCAGCUUUGUGUUCAGAAGUUAAGGAUAUUGAUCGAAGACUCUGACCAGAACUUGAAGUACCUGGGACUGUUAGCUAUGUCGAAAAUCCUGAAAACGCAUCCUAAAUCCGUUCAGUCACACAAGGAUCUCAUUCUCCAGUGUUUGGAUGACAAAGAUGAGUCUAUCCGACUCCGAGCUUUAGAUCUCCUGUACGGCAUGGUGUCCAAGAAGAACUUGAUGGAGAUAGUGAAGAAACUGAUGAUUCACGUGGAUAAAGCCGAAGGGACGACGUACCGGGAUGAGCUGCUGACCAAAAUCAUAGAUAUCUGUAGUCAGUCCAAUUAUCAAUAUAUCACAAACUUCGAAUGGUACAUCAGCAUCUUGGUGGAGCUGACCCGGCUGGAAGGCACGCGGCACGGGCACCUUAUAGCAGCUCAGAUGUUAGAUGUAGCCAUCAGAGUUAAAGCCAUUCGCAAAUUUGCCGUUUCUCAGAUGGCAAUGCUCCUGGACAACGCUCACCUCAUCGCCAGCAACACCCAGCGAAACGGCAUCUGUGAGGUGCUUUAUGCUGCUGCUUGGAUAUGCGGAGAGUUCUCUGAACACCUCGAGGAAGCAAACCAGACGUUAGAAGCGAUGUUGAGGCCUAAAGUUACGACUCUGCCAGGCCACAUCCAGGCAGUUUAUGUGCAGAACAUGGUGAAGCUCUACGCGUCCAUCCUCCAGCAGAAAGAGCAGUCUGGGGAGAAGGAAGCUGCUCAGGAAAUCACGCAGCUGAUGAUCGAACGGUUGCCUCAGUUUGUACAGAGCGCAGAUCUAGAAGUUCAGGAGCGGGCUUCUUGCAUCUUGCAACUAAUAAAAUACAUUCAGAAGCUCCAAAUAAAAGAGGUGCCUGUAGCUGAGGAAGUGAUAGCCCUGUUUGCUGGGGAGCUGAACCCUGUGGCUCCCAAAGCACAGAAGAAAGUACCGGUUCCAGAGGGCUUGGACCUUGAUGCCUGGAUCAAUGAGCCGCCGUCAGACAGCGAGUCUGAGGAUGAAAAGCCCAAAACAAUUUUUCAUGAUGAGGAACAAAGGCAUUCCAGGCAUAGGCAGCCAGAAAUAGAUGAAGAGGAACUGGCCAGACGUCGAGAAGCCCGGAAACAAGAACAGGCAAACAACCCGUUUUAUAUUAAAAGCUCUCCUUCCCCACAGAAGCGAUACCAAGACACUCCAGGUGUGGAACAUAUACCUGUGGUUCAGAUCGACCUUUCUGUCCCCUUAAAAGUUCCAGGAAUGCCUAUGUCUGACCAGUAUGUGAAACUGGAAGAAGAACGAAGACAUAAACAGAAACUGGAGAAAGACAAGAAGAAGAAAAAACAGAAGAAAGAGAAGAGAGGGAAACAUCAUCGCCAUAACUCUUUGCACACAGAGAGUGAGGAGGAUAUUGCUCCGGCUCACCAUGUUGAUAUCAUCACAGAAGAGAUGCCAGAGAAUGCUUUGCCCAGCGAUGAAGACGACAAAGAUCCCAAUGAUCCAUAUAAGGCACUUGAUAUCGAUCUCGAUAAACCCUUAGCAGACAGCGAGAAGCUGCCAGUGCAGAGACACAGAAACGUGGAGACCCUGAAGUCACCAGACACAGAAGCUCCCCUGGGAGAGAAGAAGAGCAAGAAACCCAAAAAGAAGGAAAAGAAACACAAAGAAAAAGAGAGAGACAAAGGAAAGAAGAAAGAGAAGGAGAAAAAGGUAGUAGAGGAGGAAGAAGAAAAGAAGGGAGAUGACUUGGAUUUCUGGCUCUCCGCUGCUCCACCACCUGCUUCCAGUACCCAGCCACAG